AUGGGGCUUGCUGCGCCAGGCGUGCUGCUGCUGAGCGGCACGAUGCAGGCGACGCGCUUCGGGCGCUCGCUGGCGCUGCGGCUGGAGGGCCAGCCGUCGUCCAUCGCCGUCAGCGCCACCGUGCUCAUCCAGGCACCGCUCUACAAGCCCACGCAGCACACCAUCAAGCUGCCGCUGCCCUACUCCAGCUUCUUCAACGCAGACCAGCUCCACGACUUCCCGGAGUUCGACCUCUACCUCACGGAAUCCAUGCCCUCCGUCGAAGAGCCGUUCUCCGGGUGCGCCUGGUCCGAACUGCAAUCGCGCAAGGAGCUGCGCCGCCUGUUCCUCAACCAGACGACCGCGAAAGUGGAGAUGGUGGCCGCCGAACCCAAGAAGAAGCCCUACCACUUGAGGAGGUCCGCCACGAGGACACACAAGGUGACGCAGGAACGGGUGCCCACGUCGAAGCUCAGCGUCACCAUGUGCGCCUUCACCCCACACGUGCGCGACUACUGGAUCGGCUGCGUCAGCCCCAAAGUGGGAGAUUUUAUCAUCAAGUGCACGUGCGGCGGCCGCUUCUACGGCGCCGACGCGCUGGUGCCGUGCCCGCUCAUCACGCACGUCAAGGUGCCGUGCACCAACCCGGCCCUGCGCACGGCCGCCAACUGCAUGUUCAUGAAGACGCUCAACGAGUACGAGAUGGAGUUUUGGCAGGAGCAUCUGGAAUCUUCCGUUGGUUUGCGGCUGAUGCAACUGGAGCUGGUCAAAGAUGAACAUAUCACCGACGAGUAUGCUCAUAUAUUUAACACCAAUGUGGUCUACUCCGUCGAAAUACUUAAAAAUGAUUAUUUAACUGCGCCAGUUCAGCUUCAUAUUCCUGACGUGCUCUCGGGCGACCACGUGCCGCUGCUGCUGCACGUGAACAACGCCACGUCCAGCUUCAUGCAGUGGCGCCUGCAGCUGAGCUCCGCCGACGGGCGCGAGCUGCGCACGUACACCCUGCAGGCGGUGCUGCCGCUGGGCGAGGAGGAGGCGCUGGAGGCGCAGAGCAGCGUCGAGGCGAUCCCCGGGUCCUUCCGCACACGCUCCCAACUCUACAGCGAAUUAAUAAGACAAAGAAUGAAAUUGCUUUCUCGGUCGUCCAGAAGAUCUUCAUACAUCCGCCGAAGUAAAAAAAGCGAAAAGAGUAUAACUAGUCAAACACUUCAAACAAACAAGACGAGCGAAACUACCCGCACAACUUGUCAAACAAACAAGACGUGCGAAACUGCCCGUACAAGUCAAACCGACCGGUCAAGUCGAGCAAGUAGAACAAGCAAGGCAAUUGUGACGAGCCAGACAGACCAAACUCACCGGACACGUUGGAAAUGCACAACAAAUGGCGCGAGUCGGUCAAGACGAUCAAGCCGAGCCCUCCAUCCGUCGACGGGUUCGCAGUCGCUCUGUCGUAAGUCGGACUGCUCGUGUGCAAGCCGCCUGUGUCCUCAAAAUCGUGCAGGAGAACCAAAAAAGUAAUAUAUCGCUAUUAGAAGUCGCAGGGCGCUACAACCAACCAUCUCCGCAUUCAUUUGAACUAUCAAUCUGAGUGAAGUCUCAUCG